AUGGCAUUCGGCAAGAAACUAGCUAAAGAUGAUGGUAAUGCUCUUAGCGAUCCUCAACACUAUAGAAGCAUAGUAGGGCCACUGCAAUAUCUCUACCACACAAGGCCAAACAUAUCAUAUAGUAUCAACAAGGUUGCUCAAUAUAUGCAAAAUCUUAUAGAUUCUCACUGGGUUGUUGUUAAGCGAAUUCUUCGCUACUUAAGAGGUACUUUAGAUUAUGGAUUGAUGUUCACUUCUGGUAAAAUGAUGAACCUCAUAGCAUGCACCGAUACCGACUGGGGAAGCGAUGUUGAUGAUCGAAGAUCAACAUCGAGUCACUGUGUUCUUCUAAGACCCAACAUCAUCUCAUGGAGUUCCAAGAAACAAAAGUCUAUCUCUAGAUCGACUGUAGAAGUAAAAUAUAGAAGUCUUGCUGAUACGGCCUCAGAAAUUAUAUAUGGUUACAGUCCCUGUUAUUAG